AGCUCACGCGCACAUCUCAUUCAGUUCAGUGCGAAGCGCGUAAGCGCAGAGCCGCGUGCGCUUUUCCGUAGCGCAUCUAUCAAAACACGCAGAUCUACUCUGGAUAUUUACUUUUUGCGCAUCGGUUAAAGUGUUUGGGAUAAAAAGCAUCAAUGUGCCCAUGAUGGACAACUCUUAUCUCGCAAGCAUGAGUGCGCAUCACCAAAGGACAUUGACAGCGCGAGCGCUCCUUGUAUCCGCGUAUCAGUGCAUUGUUGAAACUACUUAACGCAACGUGCGCUUAAUUCUUGAAACGCUAAACUUGCUGUCAAAAAUGAUGGACUCAGCAUGGAUGUAACUCAGUCCAAUGCAACGGAGAAAGAUGGCAACAUCACCAGCAUCCCCAAACACACACAGACUGGCGCCGCGCUUAUCAUACUCGUGGUGUCCGUCAUAAUUUUAGUGACUAUUGUUGGAAAUGUCUUGGUCGUCGUGGCGAUUCUGACCAGCCGUGCGCUUCGUGCGCCACAGAACCUUUUCCUCGUUUCGCUCGCGUGCGCGGACAUCCUCGUGGCCACGCUGGUGAUCCCCUUUUCCCUCGCCAACGAGAUCAUGGGAUACUGGUACUUUGGCAGCACCUGGUGCGCCUUCUACCUAGCUCUGGACGUCCUGUUUUGCACAUCUUCCAUCGUUCACCUGUGCGCAAUUAGUUUAGAUCGAUACUGGUCCGUCACCAAGGCUGUGAGCUACAACUUGAAGAGAACACCAAAGCGCAUCAAAUUCAUGAUCGCGGUGGUGUGGGGGAUAUCUGCCGUCAUCUCAUUCCCGCCUCUUAUCAUGACCAAACAUAACGAGAAUGAAUGUUUAAUAAACGACAAGACUUGGUACAUCCUCUCCUCGUGCAUGGUGUCAUUUUUCGCGCCUGGGUUUAUUAUGAUCACAGUGUACUGUAAAAUCUACCGGGUCGCCAAGCAGCGCUCGUCCACCGUAUUCGUAGCCAAGAACGGAUUGGAAAGACAACCUUCCCAGUCGGAGACCUGCUUUGUUAGGAAGGAUAAGUUUGAGAAGGAGAGUCCGAGUAGUCAGAGCUCGGAAAGCAACCAGAGAGAGGAACUGGAUGACAUUGACUUGGAGGAGAGCGCGACGUCUGACAACAAACCCAAAAGCUCGCGUUUCUCCAAGCGCAGGAGGGUGGACGGCGCGCGCUGCUGCCCUCAGCAGCCCUGCCGAAUCUCCUGGGUUUCCACUCAGGAGCAGAACAACAGACGACUUACUGUGGUCUCCAAAACCAAAGUAGCUCAGAUGCGAGAGAAACGCUUCACAUUCGUGCUGGCUGUGGUGAUGGGGGUCUUUGUCCUUUGCUGGUUUCCAUUUUUCUUCACAUAUAGUCUUCAAGCCAUCUGUGGAACAAGUUGCGUGGCUCCAGAAGGGCUUUUCAAGCUCUUCUUUUGGAUAGGUUACUGCAACAGUUCAGUGAAUCCCAUCAUUUACACCAUCUUCAACAGGGAUUUCAGAAAAGCUUUUAAGAAAAUCAUUUGCCUGACUGCAAAACGCAUAUGAGAGACGUUUACACAAUGACAUCAAAUCUACAGUGGCCUCAAAAAAUAUUUGGAUACUUAAAUAUUGGAUACAAAACAAAGUUCAUUUUAUUUCCUUUUAAAAUAAAUGUUAUUCAAAUGAAUUUCACAGUUAAUGUUUCAUACUCAUUUGGGAAUAUUGUAUAGAUGUUCUUAAAUGUUUGUCUCUCACACAAACCUUUAGGCCUAAUCAUAAAAGUUAAAGUUAAUUAUAAAAACUUGGUUACUUGCUGGUUACCAAGGAGACAAAAGUGUCAGUAAAGAGCAUGCAUGAGAUUAAAUAUGACUGUUACAAAAAAGGUAAAUUCCAAUUAAAUUGUAUCAUGUGUCCAAACUGAAUAUUUGUUAAAUCAUGCAAUAUGUGUGAAUUUUUUUUCUUUGUAUUUAAAGUACAUAAAAUUAUACUUAUGCCUUUGCAGAACAAAACAGUUUGCUAUUUCAUUGCUAUUUUACUGUAAAAAAUAAUGUUUUCACAACAAUCAUUUCCAUCACAGAAUGCAAGUAAACACAAAAGCAGCUGAGAUGAGGUGAGAAUUAUAUUUGUUGGUUCAGGAAAAUAAUAGUCGAGUACAAUAAGAAAAAAUAUCAAAAUUCAGCACUGUUUUGAGGAUGUAUUGAUUUAUUACAGGCACAUUUUUGCUACCUUUCUUUAAAAAUAGGUUUGUAAUUUUUUUUAUUCAAACACAAUGACUAAAAGUAUGGCUACUGUAUAGUAUACCUUUCAGGGCCACUGUGUUUCAAAUGUAGAUAUUUUGUACAUAAAAAAAGCGUUUAAUUUGACAUACAUUCUUAACAUUAUUGUAAAUAUUAAAUGUAUAAAAUGUAAAUGUUGCUUUAUCCUGUAAUUAUGUGAGUGGUGUUUACUAUAUAUCUGUUUUAUGUUUUUCCCGACUCAUUUGUAAAAAGUGGGAAAUAAUGUUAAUUUUUUAAAGAUUGUUAUGCUUGUAUGCUGAUGUUGUAAUCAGUAUGUGUAGAAAUUAUAAAACGUGGUAGUUAAAUGAAACUCACAUACAUGUACAUAAAAUCUGUGGAGUAAAGAAUAUUUUUAAGGGCUUGAGGGGUCUCUUGUGACAGAACCCCUGUGCAUGGUGCUGAAGGUUCAUACUGGCCUCCCCCAAUUUAGUAAUCGUUUCCAAAACUCUGUCAUGAUUUAAGAAACCCAUACUGUCUGGAUCAGUGGGUCCGAAAAUAAUUCAUUUACAACUUGCUGCCAAAGCAACCCAAUCUUUAGCUCAAUAUGUGUCUACAGUCAGGAAAUUAUUUUAUCUUAAAAACUGUAAAAAUCAAAUGCAAAACUUACAUUAAGUUACAUGGGGUGAUCCAUUAUGUUUUGUAUCUGAAUAAAGUCUGACAGAAUCUU